AUGAUGCAGCAGCCUCAGACCUUCGAAUACGACCUCGAUCCAUGCGAUAUUGACUGGAAUUUCCCCAUGAACUGGCUACCAUACAACAACGAAAUUGAGACCAAUUACUGUUCUAUACUGGGUCUAGACGGAAACGCGACCUCAGCAGGGCCCCUAGACCCCUCAUAUAUAAACAAUCAACCUGUGAACCAGACCACCGCAAACGUCUUCGCCAUGGACAACACUCCACAGACAAUCUCAACAAUCGCUUCAAUUUCCCAAAGAAGUGAAGCAGCUGCCUCUCCCCAGCUCAGUGGGACGUCUGAUCGCACGGUACCUGGCGACCUGUACGCUACAAGUUCGAAUGGUGCGCGGAGACCUUGCACGGCUCGGUCAAAGCAGUUGUUUCCACCGCCGGGUGUUGAGAGUUGCAAACAAUUGCGCACUAUUUCUCAAGACCCCAGAUUACGGACUGAGAGUACUGACUGGGCGUUUCCUGACUUGGACCACAUAAACAUCCAAGACGUCGAGGGGUUUGCUAUCUUCAGAAACGAAUUUACAUCUUCAGAGUUCCCUCCUCUAGCGGUACUGGACUAUUGCACAAAGCUCUUCUUCGAACACUUCAACCCAAUCUUCCCGCUUGUACACCCAAACCUGACGGACCUCAACGCCGACUGGAUUCUUGCACUCGCGAUUUGUGCAAUAGGAAGCCAGUAUUCCGCCACCGAGGACAUUGAUGCAUGUGUUCGACCCCUGCAUGAAUUUCUGAGGAGGGCCUUGGUCGUCCGUCUACAGUUGGAGAAUUCAGCAAUGAACCUUGCUUUAGCACAGGCUCUUGUUCUGAAUCAGGUCGGUCUGUUAUACUAUGGUACAAGUGAGUUUCGUCGUAACGAUUAUCAACGAGUUGGUGACCUACAAAGUGUCAUCACCCUUUAUUGGAACUCGCAGUUGGAGAGUGACAUCAAUACUCUACCAAACCAACAUGAAUCGAAUGUUCAUGAAGCUUGGAAGACAUGGGUUGAAGGGGAGACGUUGAGGAGACUCUCUUACUUUAUCUGGCUUUUGGAUCGCAUGGGCUGCUACUUCUUCACUGACCAUCACGCUGUCACUUUUGAUGUACAAGAAAUAACUUUACCUCGCGAUGACCUAUGGUCUCAAACAUGUUCAUCAGACUGGUCUCAAAGAUACCGGCGUACCGAGGAAAAUCCUUCGCUCUCAUCAGCAGUGAGCACCAUCUUCCGCGAUCGAACCGCCAAGUCAUACCUGGGAGAGUUCUCUCGCAUCCUUCUUCUCCACGCAGUGUACCGAGAAUACUCUACCGUAAAUACCUACUGCAAACGACCUUUAUCAUCAUGGAUGCCGCAGAACAACCCCGAUCACCAUAGCGAAGAUUCCAGCGCCUUGAAUCUCACUGAAUCGAAUUGGCGAAAUGCUGCACUCGACUGUGUAGACACACUCCACUGGGCAGCGAAUGGAACGAUAGCUUUGCUACUGGGCGCCGAGCAUCCUACUGUUCUUCACUUACAUUUUUCAAGGGUCGUACUGCUUGUACCCAGGGAAAUGCUGAUGAGAUUGGCAAAGUACAUGGAGGCGUCGGAGAGCGUGAGAAAGAUGGCGUCGAACCAGCAGAAGGCCUUGCAGGCUGAACGAGAGAUUUCCGAAUGGGCACAACAAGAUGGGUCAAAAGCACGACUCGCAGUUUUGCAUUGUGGCUGCUUUCUUUGGCACAUCCGCCGGUACGCCAAGAUGGCCUUUUACGAACCACUAUGUGUAUUCUGGGCGAUCCUCACUCUGUGGGCUUACAGCGUUUACUCAUCUAAGUCGAGACGAUCGUCGGGUGAAGAGCGUAGUGGGAGUGUGACACGUCGUCCAUCGCCAGAUCAUACCAAGGCCAUUUCGGACGAUGAGAACCCGACCUUCAUAAGACUCGAUCGACCUAACGACGACGAAAUGGUUCAACUAUUCGUGAGGGCAGGGGUUUUAAAGGCCUAUAUUAGUGGUGUUGGUGAUAUAUAUGCACCCACAGCCCCUACUCGAAUUUUACGUGAGGGGAGAAAGAUCCUUGAAUCAGUGUCCUUGGCCUGGGGUCGAAGCACGGAGUAUUUGGAUCUAUUGAAAGCCCUUGAAUAG